AUGCUCGCUGCCUUAAGAAUGAAUAUUCAUCUACUCUGUCCUUCUCCCCAAAUCCUCUGCAACACUCUCGACAUCCUCAAACAUCUACUUUGUUCUUCUCCUUGCCCCCAAUCCGAUCCAACACUCAACAUCCUCAAACCUCUCAUCGUGUCACAGACGGCAAGCCUCGUCACAGGCUACACCAACGGCGUCUAUCCCUCAUCAGGCGCCAAUGACGCGACCGCAGCUCUCAGCACGGACCUCAUCCGACUCGGCACUCUUUCCCUCACUCCCUACGGGUCCAUCAUCGCCUCUCCCUCCACCUCCUUCGACCUGACUUCCUUCUCCUUCGGCUGUGGCCAGUUCCAAGCAAACCCGCAGGCUCCCGGCGUGCCUGUAGGCUGCGCCAUCUCCGUCACGGGAUUCGACAUAAGCGACCAACAGAUCCCGGAAGCCACUUUCUCGUAUGCUCCGCCGGAUCUGCUCGGCUCGCAUAUGGUCCUGGCCACGCUGCCCAGCACUUUCAGGGGCCUGAAGAACGUGACGCUCGGAGUGGCUGCGUCGAGCUUGCUGGUGCCGACUACGCUUCUUGACAUUGACGACGUCAAGCAUUGCAAUUAUUCGUGA